GGCAUCGGUCAAGGUGGCCGUGAGGGUCCGGCCCAUGAACCGCAGGGAAAAGGACUUGGAAGCCAAAUUCAUUAUUCAAAUGGAGAAAAGCAAAACAGUAAUCACAAACUUAAAGAUACCAGAAGGAGGGACAGGGGACUCAGGGAGAGAACGGACCAAGACCUUCACUUACGACUUUUCUUUUUAUUCUGCUGAUACAAAAAGUCCAGAUUAUGUUUCACAAGAAAUGGUUUUCAAAACCCUUGGCACAGAUGUCGUGAAGUCCGCCUUUGAAGGUUAUAAUGCCUGUGUCUUUGCAUAUGGACAGACUGGAUCGGGAAAGUCGUACACGAUGAUGGGGAAUUCGGGCGAUUCUGGCUUAAUACCUCGGAUAUGUGAAGGGCUCUUCAGUCGUAUAAGUGAAACCACCAGAUGGGACGAAGCAUCUUUUCGAACUGAAGUCAGCUACUUAGAGAUUUAUAAUGAACGUGUACGAGAUCUACUUAGGCGGAAGUCAUCCAAAACCUUCAAUUUAAGAGUCCGUGAGCAUCCAAAAGAAGGACCUUAUGUUGAGGAUUUAUCCAAACAUUUAGUACAGAAUUAUGGUGACGUAGAAGAACUUAUGGAUGCAGGAAAUAUCAAUCGGACGACCGCAGCGACUGGGAUGAACGACGUCAGUAGCAGGUCUCAUGCCAUCUUCACCAUCAAGUUCACUCAGGCCAAAUUUGAUUCUGAAAUGCCGUGCGAAACCGUGAGUAAGAUCCACUUAGUCGAUCUUGCUGGAAGUGAGCGCGCCGAUGCCACUGGUGCCACUGGGGUGAGACUCAAGGAAGGGGGGAACAUUAACAAGUCCCUCGUGACUCUGGGAAACGUCAUUUCUGCCUUAGCCGAUUUAUCUCAGGAUGCAGCAGCCCCUUUUGUAAAGAAGAAGCAGGUUUUCGUGCCUUACAGGGAUUCUGUUUUGACUUGGUUGUUGAAAGAUAGCCUUGGAGGAAACUCUAAAACUAUCAUGAUUGCCACCAUUUCACCUGCUGAUGUCAACUACGGAGAAACCCUAAGCACUCUUCGCUAUGCAAAUAGAGCCAAAAAUAUCAUCAACAAGCCUACCAUUAAUGAGGACUCCAACGUCAAGCUCAUCCGUGAGCUGCGAGCUGAGAUAGCCAGGCUGAAAACGCUGCUCGCUCAAGGCAAUCAGAUUGCCCUUCUAGACUCCCCAACAGCCUUAAGUAUGGAGGAGAAACUUCAGCAGAACGAGGCCAGAGUUCAAGAAUUGACCAAGGAAUGGACAAAUAAGUGGAAUGAAACCCAAAAUAUUUUGAAAGAACAAACUCUAGCCCUUAGGAAAGAAGGGAUUGGAGUUGUUUUGGAUUCUGAACUGCCUCAUUUGAUUGGCAUUGAUGACGACCUUCUGAGUACUGGAAUAAUCUUGUAUCACUUGAAGGAAGGUCAGACAUAUGUUGGUAGAGAAGAUGCUUCAACAGAACAAGAUAUUGUUCUUCAUGGCCUCGACUUGGAGAGUGAGCACUGCAUCUUUGAAAAUGCCGGGGGGACAGUUACUCUGAUACCCCUGAGUGGCUCUCAGUGCUCUGUGAAUGGCGUUCAGAUCAUGGAGGCCACACACCUGAAUCAAGGUGCCGUGAUUCUCCUGGGGAGGACCAAUAUGUUUCGCUUCAACCAUCCCAAGGAGGCUGCCAAGCUCAGGGAGAAGAGGAAGAGUGGCCUUCUGACCUCCUUCAGCUUGUCCAUGACCGACCUCUCCAAGUCCUGCGAGAACCUCUCCGCCGUCAUGUUAUACAACCCGGGACUGGAAUUUGAGCGGCAACAGCGUGAAGAACUUGAAAAAUUAGAAAGCAAAAGGAAACUCAUAGAAGAGAUGGAGGAAAAGCAGAAAUCAGAUAAGGCAGAACUGGAGCGGAUGCAGCAGGAGGUGGAGAGUCAGCGCAAGGAGACGGAGAUCGUGCAGCUGCAGAUCCGCAAGCAGGAGGAGAGCCUCAAGCGCCGCAGCUUCCACAUCGAGAGCCGGCUGAAGGACCUGCUGGCCGAGAAGGAGAAGUUCGAGGAGGAGAGGCUGCGGGAGCAGCAGGAGCUGGAGCUGCAGAAGCAGCAGCAGGAGGAAGCGCGCUUCCUCCGGGCGCAGGAGGAGCUCCAGCGCCUCCAGGAGCUCAGCAGCCACGAGAAGGCCGAGAAGAUCCAGAUAUUUCGAGAGCUGGACCGGCUGCAGAGGGAGAAGCACGAGCAGCACGCCAAGCUUGCGCUGGAGAAGCAGCGGCUGGAGGAGCAGGAGCGGGAGCAGGCGCUGCUCGUGGCCCACCUGGAGGAGCAGCUGCGGGAGAAGCAGGACAUGAUCCGGCUGCUGCGGCGAGGGGAGGUGCAGCGCGUGGAGGAGGAGCGGCGGGACCUGGAGGGCAUCCGGGAGUCCCUCCUGCGGGCGAAGGAGGCCCGCGCCGAGGGCGACGACGACGGCGGCGACGAGGAGCUGGAAAGGGCCCAGCUGCGUUUCCUGGAGUUCAAGAGAAGGCAGCUGGUGAAGCUGGCCAACCUGGAGAGGGACCUGGCGCAGCAGAGGGACCUCCUGAGGACGGAAGUGGAAGGAGAGCAGGCAGCCCUGGAGCGCCUCAGAUCUGAAACCGGAGAGGGGCUUAGGCUGCCGGGAAGCGGCGGCGACAGCGUCACCUCCGUGGCCCCGGCCGCUCCCGACGCGGAGAAGAUAAAGCCGGCGGAGUGCCGGCUGCAGCACAAGGAGCGCCAGCUCCAGUCGCUGCUGCAGAACCACCUGCCCGCGCUGCAGGAGGAGAAGCAGAGGGCCUUGGACACCCUGGGCCGCGGGCCCCUGGGCCUGGACAACACGCUCUAUCAGGUGGAGAAGGAGAUGGAGGAGAAGGCGGAGCAGCUGGCGCGGUACCAGGCCAGCGCCAGCCAGCUGCAGAGGCUGCAGGCCACCUUCGAGUUCACGGCCAACGUGGCGCGGCAGGAGGAGAAGGUGCGGAGGAAGGAGAAGGAGAUCCUGGAGUCGCGGGAGCAGCAGCAGCGGGAGGCGCUGGAGCGCGCCGUGGCCGGGCUGGAGCGCAGGCACUCGGCCCUGCAGAGGCGCGCCGCCCCGGGCCCCGACACCCAGGAGCAGAGGCGGAGGCUGGCCACCCUGGGCGGCGGCGAGCGGGCCGGGGUGCAGGCCAGCCUGGAGGCCAGCCUGGAGGCCAGCCUGGAGGCGGAGCGGGACGCCCUGGAGAAGGACCGGGAGAGGUUGGAACAUGAAAUCCAGCAGUUGAAACAGAAGAUCUAUGAGGUUGAUGAUGUUCAGAAGGGGCAUGUUGGUACCUUGGAGGGAAAGGCUGCUCCUUCUAGCUCAUCCAAUGCUGAAAAACCUCACCCGGUUCCUCUGAUGGAUGCCAGGGUCAGCGCUUACAUCGAAGAAGAGGUCCAGAGGCGCCUCCAGGAUUUGCAUCGUGUGAUUUUCAGUGACGGCAGCACAGCUACAGAUACGACGAAGAAUAAUGAGAAGCUUCACAAUGGUACCAUUCAACGCAAGCUAAAAUAUGAGAAAGGGCGUCUUGCCCCGCUGGUGCCCAAAGAUGUCACUGACACUUUCAGCAGAGAGGAGAAGAGGGAAGUGGGUCAGAACAACCACCAGAGUGAUCUCAUGGCUUGGAGCCUCUCAGGCCCUGCACCUUCCUCUUCAGUAUCAGGAGAGAGAACCCACCAGCCAAGGGAUCAGCCCUCAGCACCUGAGAUGAUGCAGAACAGUGACUGCAAAUGCCCUCCUCCUGAGCACACAGGUGGCUGUCGGUCAGAAGGCUUCAAUCUAUCUAAAACCUUUCUUACUGAAAGCAACACCAGCAAUGCAGACCACUUUCGGGUUAAUUCAGAAAACAUCACUGAGCUGAUGCCUCAUAAAGGUGAACGCAGCUUGGGAAUCGAGUCCACCUGGACUUUGCUGCAACAUACAAGCCGAGAAGUGUCUGUGAAAAGUGGGAACAAGCAGACCAGGCAGAGCAAGUUACUCUACUGUGUUCUUUCUGAAAGUGUUUCUAGUGAGGAGAAUGCACCUGCCAGCGUGUCGCAGUGGUCACCAGCCUCAGAGUUUUGCAGCGAGCAGCACACUGAGGAAGAGUUAGCUUCUCAAAAAGCUAGCCCUCCAGAGUCACUGAUGAAUAUCAGGGCAGAAGGGAACAGUGGACUGGGAUAUUUUUACCACAGGUUCUCGAACCUUUAUAAAGAUACGAGCAGUCACCUGCUGCAGGCUGGCACAAAGGCCAUCAGCCAAGCCAGGAACGUGGGGAGCCUGUGGGACCCCAGCGGGCUCACCUCCCAAGUGGCAACACUCAUCGGAAGACUGCCACUGGUGAAGCACUUGCCCCUGCACCUGCCCCUGCCCCUGCCCCUGCCCCUGCCGUCACACCAGGCACCCUCAGAGUCUCAUUCUUUUCCUGCCCAAGGUCAGGUUGGUGGCAGCGAGGAGGCCGGGGCCCCCGGGCCAGCGGAGAGCGGGGCUCCUUACCGAGCGCCAGGCCUCUCGGCCUCCCAGGCGCCAGGCUCCUCGCCGAGCUCAGUUGUCCGCCUGGAACUUGGAGGGGCCGGAAGGAUCCCCGCGUUUAAGCAGACGCUUGUGCAUUUCCCAGAUCAGAUGCUAAAACUUCAGGAGCUCCCUGUAGAAGACUUUCUUGAGCACGUGGUUUGCCUCCCACCAGAACUUUUGGCCGACACGCCCGAAGUCAGAGGCGUUUACUGGCUCGCUGUUGCCAACUGCGCACAGCCGGACCCCCGGCCAGCGUGCUUGCUCCUGCUCCCUUCAGCUUUGUGUGCUGUGGUUCUGUCAGAUACCCCCCCGGGCCCCAUGGGCAUUUUUCACACUCUGCCUCUCUCUGGACUCCGGGAGAUUCAAAUCGGCUUCGGUGGGCAGAGCAUUCGAUUCCUGGGCUCCUCAGAGAGUCUCCUGCUCACUGUCUUUGGUUACAACAAACACCUCUGUCAGCAGAUAUGCCGCGACCUCCUGCGUGUCCUGGUGCCCGAGUCCGAGGCUGCUGCUUGCACAAGCCAUCCUUUGCUCCAGCAAGAUCUGGUCCAGCUGUCCCUUGAUUGGAAAGCAGAAACCUCUGACUUAGUUUUGUCGAAUGGAGUCCGGCUGUCAUCCAGAUUCCAGAACACCAUGGUUGACCUGAUUUACUUUCUCCACGGAAACAUGCAAGUCAGCAUCCCCUCUCUGGCAGAGGUUCAGCUACUGCUCUACACGACCGUCCGGGCUGAGGACGGUUCUGGCCAAGACCCGUGUCAGUCCCUGGCCCUGCUGAACACGCACAUCGCCCUCGUGAGACAGGAUCCAGUCUUCUACCCGCACGUUCGGUCUCUGAACUCACCUCCUCCACGAACACGGUUUGAUGUCCUCAGAUUUCGUGCUCUGAGUGAAUUCAGGUGCAUUGUUGUUCCAGAGAAGGAGGCAUUGCCAGCAGUACAGCUGGUCUUCUGUCAAAAGCGGAAACUUCCGUCCGAUUCAAGAAAUAGUCUCUCUGAGCCCUCGAAAGAUGCCCGGAGCAUCCAGCUGCUCACCAGCCAGUCGUGUCUUCAGGGCAGUCGGCACGGGGCCCCCGAGGUCUGGAAGCUGACCCUCAACUCGCAGGAUGAGGCUCUGUGGCUGAUCUCACAUUUGACAAGGCUCUAGGGGGAGACCUGGGAAAACACUCUGCGUAUUCUUGGAGAUCUGCAAUAAAAUGAACUUGAGGAAAGCCGCCAAGGACUACCAGUAUCUCAGUGGAGCCAACUGAUUUGAGACGGGACAAAGGCAGAUGUCUGAAGUGAAGGGUCCCAAUAUAUUAAAUAUCUACAGUAAAACAAAAGCAGAUCAUGGCUGAGUGCUGAUCAGAUAUCCGCAUCGCCGCCUUCCUUCUUUUUCUUGAACCCCAGCCUUGUAAAUUUGGGUCUGCCUCAUUUUUUGUGAGGCCAUGAAAGCCUUUCUGAUGGUUUGGCUUCAUGGCGACCCACAGCGUGGUGGUGUGGAGUCUCUCUUUGCCUGCCGGCCUCUGGCAGGCUAAUUUGUGCAGCCUGCAAGGUGCCCAGCCUGGCAGUGACCUUCAUGGGCCCCCCGUUUCCGCUGUGGUUAGGACAGCUCCGUAGCAGAGCCCGUUAGUGACGGCCCAGCGUCCCG